AUGGAUUGUAAUAAACAAGAUAUUGAUCAAUUGAUAAAUAAUAAUGGUUAUGACAACUUGAUACUGAAUUGGGAUAUAUAUUCAAAGUAUACACGUGAGAGAUUGGUGAAGUUAGCUACUACUGAGGAAACAAGGACAAUUAAAGCUAUAAUUGAUAAACAUAUCCAAUCGAAGGGCUUUGAUAAAUUACCUCCAUUUACCGCAAUCAGAAUACUUGAAAUUUUAUCAGAUCCAAAAUCUAAUGGCUAUGAUAUAGAUGAGAAAGAUGGUGCUGGUGUUGUUAAGUUACUUAAUGGUAUAAAGAAAUUGUAUCUUGUUGAUUCUAAUGUUAAUGAAUUUCCGCAACCUCAUAAGAAAAUAGAGUCUGAUAAGUAUCAUAAUGAUAUUAAAAUGAGUAAAAUAGAAUGGUUAAAUGAUGCUAAGAAGAGAUAA